CAACAUCACCUGGCACAACCGCAAACAGGAAAGCGGCGUCACCGUUUUUCAGUCGAAGUGGUACCUUCCAUUUAUGCCGUCGAACCGGGAUGUUAGUAGUAGUACCAUUUCUGGGAAGCGGGGGGAGUGAUGGAGGAUAUGUAGGAACAACCUGCUGGUACAGUAUAAAGCGUUUGUUUGAUCCGGGCUGAGUCUAAACUAGUUAUUUUUCCAUAGCUGAUUGGCCGUAAAGUAGCGCCUGUGUAAUUUAGUACCAAGCAAAACAAAUAAGCAGAAAGGAGAAGAAGAAAAUUGCCUCAGUCUUGAGGAGAUAAAUAUUUUGGACAGUGAACGUUAGACUCUGCAGACAGUCAUGACGCAGGGGAAGGUCUUUGUGGCAGACAAGACACUCAGUGGCCCCCAAGGAGACGGGACGCCUCCAGUUUGCCCUCCCAGCUACGAAGAGGCAACUGCAGGUUGUCGUGGCCCCAGCCUGUGUCACAGCUACCAGGGCGGUGGAGAGAUGCUCACGGAGUUUACCUGGCAGGACAAAAACAUCCGACGGAUCUUCAUUCGUAAGGUUUAUUGCAUCUUGAUGAUCCAGCUCUGUGUCGCUGUGGCUGUGGUCGCCCUUUUCUCCUAUAGCGAGCCGGUGAAGACGUACAUCCAGGCGAACCCAGGCUGGUACUGGGCUUCCUACGUCGUGUUCUGUGUCACCUUCAUCUCGCUCUCCUUCUGCUCCGUGGCAAGGAGGUGCUUUCCAUGGAACCUGAUUCUGCUGGCCGUCUUUACUCUGUCCCUUUCCUAUAUGACGGCGAUGGUGUCCAGUUAUUACAACACCAGGUCUGUUUUGGUCACCCUGGGAAUCACAGCUCUGGUCUGUCUCUCUGUCACCGUUUUCAGCUUCCAGACUAAGAUUGACUUCACCUCCUGCCAGGGAGUGUUGCUUAUCCUGUCUAUGACUGUCUGCUUCUGUGGCAUUUUCCUGGCCUGCGUCGUGCCGUUCGGAUAUGUUCCGUGGUUACAAGCCAUCUACGCUGUUCUGGGAGCGAUCGUGUUUACUAUGUUCCUGGUAUUUGACACCCAGGUUCUUCUGGGAAAGAAGCAUUCCUCCAUUAGUCCUGAAGACUACAUCUUUGCCUCACUCAGCAUCUACCUGGACAUCAUCUACAUAUUCUCUUUCUUACUCCAGCUCUUUGGGAUGGAUAGGUAUUGAUCCCCUCGGGUCCCUCUACACACCCUAGAUAUGUCAAGGUUUCCUUUUACACUUUUACUAAUCUGUUAUCCACUGAUCGGCCUCUGGACCUGGACUAUCGUAUUGGUGAUGCACCAGCUGAUCAUUCAGUGUUUAGUAAUUAAUACCUCGUGGUACUGAAAGAUGGCAAGUUAUAAGAAAACAGUACUUACAAUGCAGAGGGAGGGCAGUUUGUUUUCCCUACACUUCCAUUAAUCAUUGGUAUAUAGUUACAUAAUAGCAUGCAAAGGUCUUUCUUCAUGUCAUUGAAUGCAAGUUCAACUUACAAAGGCGGCAAAAUCAAACUGUGUAAUUUAACAGGUGAGGAAAGCUUUCAUGUGUGACGAAUAGGCAAAAAUUGUGCGAUAAUUAAUUAGUCUAUGUGCUUUUCGUAAAAUAUCUCUGAACAUACAUUAUGCACUGUGUGCUUCAGUGAAUUUUCGAAUUAACAGGGCAACAUAGAAAAUUAUUCGGGGGAAAGUUUAGUCUUUUGUGGAAAAAAACAAACAUCCAAAAAAUGUCCAGUUCAUCCAACAUAUUUUCUUGAUGUUACAAAAGUCAGUUAAAAAGUCACGUAAAUAAUUCUAUUAGGAUGUGAAGAGAGCUGUAUGGAAAGUAAAUAAGUAUGUUUAAUAUGAAUGUGAACAAAGCUCAGGUUUGCUUCUGAGUUGUGAAUGGAUUUCGUAAAAAACAAAUCAAUUGUUGUUUUAUUUGUUAAGAGGAAUUCAGAUAAUAUGAUUUUAUGAAUUAUGGCUGUUGAGGUCCAGAUUAUUUUGAGAGUAUUUGUUUAAACAAGGGAUUAUUUUUUAUUGCCAUAACUUUUGUAAAGAAAAAGGAUGGAUUUUGGUAGUUGCAUCAGCAGGCGACGGACUUGUGUACAAUGCAGUGGCCAUUAAUGCAUCCAUGCCCGCUUAGUCCCUGUGCUCCGCUUCUGUUCCCUGCUUACCCUUUUGCCUUUGUGGGCUAUUGAUGUAGUAUGUUAUUGAUGUAGUAUGUUAUUGAUGUAGUAUGCUAUUGAUGUAGUAUGCUUUUGAUGUAGUAUGUUAUUGAUGUAGCCUUGACCAUUUGUUGUAUCAGGCAUUAAAUGCAUGCAUGGUUGCUAAGGCCACUCCUCGUGUGCACAUGCAGACUCCCCCGCUACGUCAGACGCACUUUGCAGACCACGCUGUGCUAGGUGUUGACCGCAAGCCCUCCAUGAAUUGUGGUGAACAUGGAAAGUGGACAAGCAAUCUCUGUUGCUGUCCCUCUUAUUGCCUGUUGUACUGCAAUUUUGGCUCACAGCAAAUACUGUGGACACGUUUAGACGUUUCACCAAUGGGUUGCAGGUUCAAAUUCCUGGCAAGGCAGCUGUAACACAGGGUCGCCUAGCCACAUCUCUACGCACCCAGUCCUUGUCAGCACCUUUGAAACUCUGCUGUAACCACAGGUGUUUGUUAUGCAAAUUAUAAAACAAUAAAAUGACAGAGAGUAUUUGUUAGAAGUGUUGUUUUGCUGUGGGUUUAGGAUCCUUGUGCUUUGUCGGCUGAAUGUGAGGGUAAUGUAUUUGCACACUGCAGGGGUGGAAUACGGCCCUGCAGGUUGCUGGUUCAAAUCCCAUGGUCAGCAGAGUGAUGUCGCCACUGGGCCUUUGACCCUGAUUGCUAAAGGGACUGACUGACACUGUUUUCUCAAGUGAAUGUCGCUUUGUAUGAAAACAUCUACUAAAUAAAUAAAUGGAAA